AUGGUGACCCAGUUUCAUCCCGUGCGACCGCCUGUGCGGGCGACUGUCACUGCGGUUUCUUCGCCUGCUUUCUCCCCGCCCUCCUCCAUCCCUUCCGACGGACUUCCUGGCCGUCUCUCUGUUCCAGAGACUUCUCGUCCUUUCGAUCCCUCUGUGUCUGAUUUCGCUCUCUCUGGUAGGAGCCAGGCAGCCGUCGAUGCAGACUCCGGCGUUCCAGAGCGACACCCCGAUGCGGCGCGGAUGGCCUACCGUGCAGAACAGUCGACCGGCGACUACGGGUCGAGCUCCGCAUACGCCCUCGCGCGAGAGCGACGUCGCCAACUGAGGGGAAGGAGCCGCCCCGCUUCUGGAGAAGGCCGAGGGACGAUUCUUCGAAAUGCUUUACCAAGAGCGAGCUCUUGCACCCCUCCGGUGCUCUCGUCAGGGAGCGUUCCGCAGUCAGCCCAGCAGAGGCCCGCAGCGUCACUGGUCUCGUGGAAGGCCGGCAGGUUUUCUGGGAACGUCUCAAGACGCUGUGUCGCCUGCUCUGCAGGAGAUCAAGACCGAGUUGCUUCGGACUCGCGGGGGGACGCGGCGCUGCACUCCGCGGCUCUUCACCGACCUGCGUCGGUCUCGCCUCAGCGGACGCGCGCAGCGACGGGUGCGAAAGCCGUCGCCUUUCCUCUCGACGCCCCUGACGCUGGGGGCCCAGGUUUAUGUACACCGCAGACUGGCUCGGGCCUGGAGGUGUCUGGCCAUGGCAAGCGCCGCCUCAGUUUUCAGCAGGAUUUUACUUGCGGGAUUGAGCGAACGCUGCUGCCGCACCUGGCGCUUCCGAGUGUCGACGUCUCGUCGCGGGGGUUUCCAGGACGAGAAACGACGGUCUGGCAAGACCAGGCGGUGGGUGGCCGCUCUGACGAAGCUGAAGAAAUGGACCUGAACAGCGGAGCCGGGGUGACGGAUCGCUUUUACGUUUCUCCUCAGAAGUGGCGCUGCAGCCAAGCGGCUGCGAGGACCGCGAGUGCCCCGCGGAGUGUCACGACAGCUGGGAGGGGCACCAGUCUCGCGUCGAGCGUAUCGGAGUCCCAGUCUCAGCUGCUUCCGGCGUCGCCUGGCGCGUCUUCAGUUGCUGCCUGUACACCCGAGGAGGACGCGCUUCGGGCUCUCCAACGCGAGCAGCAGCAGGACCUGUUUGCGGCUCUCCUGCGGAGCCGCCAGGCGCGUCUGGCGACGACUCCAGGCGCGUCUGACGUCUGGACAGAAGAACGAAAUUUGCAAAGGGGCGAGAAAGAAGGUGCCCUGCGUCCACCACAUCCGAGUUCCGCUGCGGAUUCCGGUGUCUCGACGGGCGACAGGCUCGAGGGCGGCUUCCCGAAAACGGACGCUCCGCGGACUGCGCAAACACCCGGGAGAGCCUUUUUCGAUGUCGCUGCUGAGCAAGUCGUCUUCUACCAGCGACAAGCAGAACUGUUCCGAGCGAAGUAUGAGGACGCCGAGAGACGCUGUGCCGAAAGAGAUGCAGCAGUCCAUGAACGCGAUGUGAAAAUCCAGUUCCUCCAAGCGCAAAUUGCAGCUCUGACUCACCAGGUGCAGACUCUGCAGCACCCAGAAAGAGGCAAUGUGACAGACCGCGCCGAGGAAAAGGCCCUCCCGCAGCUUGUCGAUCCUCCAGCCGAGGAGACGGAGGAGGCCGUUGUUGUUUCCAAGGCCUUCCAUGAGGCCCAGUUGGCUCGGGCUCGCGAGGAGACAAAGACGCUCCGCCAGAAGAUUGCGGCUCUCCAGCAAGACAUCCGCCCCGCUGUGGUGUCGCCGUCGCAGCCGUCAACGCGUCCUUCCUCGGAGACAGCAGUGACUCGAGGAGACAGAGAGACAGCAAACGACAAGCGGCAUGACACGCGCAGCGAGGACGAGAGGACGAGGGAGUUGACGGAGAGGCUCCAGGCUGCUCUUGCGGUCAAUGAAAGUCUGAGAGAGGAGCUUCUUGAGGCGCGACAGCAGCUCUCGCUUCUUCGUGCAUCGUCUGGAACUCCCUCCGCUUUCCCUGUCGCUGAAUCGCCUCAAACUGGAGCUUUGAAGGCUUCUUUUUCGUCUUCUCCCGCGCUCAGUGGACCGGGGGCGGCGGGGGCGUUCUCCGCGCCGGACGCGCCGAAACUGGAAGUAUCUUUCUUACCGAAUGUUUCUCGAGCUUCGGACUCGUCGAGGCGAGCGACUUCGCUCUCGAAUUUGCCGAGUGUCGAAGGCUGCAGAUCUCGAGAGAAGAGUCCCGAAGAUCUUCUUUUGUCCAGCAGUUCGGGAGGCUUCUCGAGACCCCACAACUUGGCCCUGCGGCGCGAGCUCGCCGUGCGAAGGCGGCUGAACGCACAGAGGAAGCAGAGGUGCCUCGAACUGGAGCAGCAAGUCCACGUCUUAGCGUCGUCUCUGGAAGUCGCUCGCGAGCAGGCGCGCGCAGCGGAGAGUGUGGGGUUGUCUCUGUCUCAGCAGCUGCAGACGCAGACGGAGGAAGCUCGCUGUCUUCAACGUCGAACUGCGGAGGCCGGGAAGCUCCUGCGCGUUGUUCAGGAGCGGCUCGAGACUGGCGAACGCUUUGUGGCCGUCCUGCGAGAGCAACGAGAAGAGUACAAAGCUCUCCACGAGCACCACACCGAAUGCCUGGAAGAAAAUCGGCGCCUGCGCGCGAGCAUCGAGCGUCUGGAGACGGAACGCAUGUCUCUUCUGGAGCGUACCGAGAAGAGCCGCGUUGAAUUCCUUGCCCUCGUCGCGGAGAAGGGCCGCAGCGACAAACAAGCUCGCGACGCUCUGCAGCGGCUCGCGGAGGCCGAGAGCCAACAGGAAAGGAGCACUCAGGCUCUGAAACUGCAUGCACAAGACCUCGAGGAACGCCUCGCGAAAAAAGAGGAGCAAGUACGAUCUCUGCGAGGAGAACUGGAGGCUGCGAUCGUACGCGCCGAAGCAGCUGAGCGCGAGUUCUCGCGCCUGCGGAGUAGCUUGUCUUUGGCGUCUGGGCCUGCAGACUUUGCGGCAGGUUUUCCUGCCUUUUCGAGUGAAGAAGCGUCAACAGUCGCCGCGAGCGAGGAGCACAGCAAGCAUGCAAAAGAAGCUCAGCUGCAGCUCGUGCUGCUGCUGGCCGAGUGCGCAGAAGAAUCUCUGCGCAUGUCUGCGCAGCGCGAGAAACAACUGAGUAGAGAAGUGACAGAACUCGAGAGACAACUUGACCGUGCACUGCAGACCAUGGACGAAGCCUCUGAGCAGGCAGAGGCGCUUCUCGCCGACCACGAGGCCGCCGGCGCGGUGUACAUACAGCCCGCCUACACGGCGGGAGAGACGCUCUUUUGGACCUCGCAGCAGCUUCUGGACGUUCUGCAGAACCGAGCGAACUGGGCCGACCUCGCGCGAGGCCUCGAGCAAAGAGAACUGGAACUCGAAGCCCGACUUUUAUUCGCGCAUCAACAGAACGACGGACUCCAUGAUGAGGCGAGGCGACUGGAGACGCGCCUGCAGAAGAGCGAGCAACGGACUCUCUGGAUUGCCUCGCAGUUCCUCGCCUUGAUGGACCGAGGAAACAGCGAGGCUGAAGACUCUUGCGAGAGCAAGGAGGAAGAUGCCCAGUUCGCGCAACAAAUGUCAUCGGUUCGCGAAAGCGAGGCGCGGCGGCAGCGAAGCCUCUUGGAGGAGGAGAAGAUGGAGACCGAGCGGGCAGCGCUUCUUCAGCGUCUGGCGAGAGAGUCCUCUCGUGCGUCUGCGACCGAGCAGGCGAACUGGCACCUCGAGUCUCGCGUCGAGGAUUUGAGAGUUGCGCUUGCAGAGAUAACGGCAGAGAGAGAUUCAGUGUCCGCGGAGCUCGCUGAGGAGAAGGCGACAGCGCGAGACCUUGCCGAACGUCUGCAGGUCUCGGAGGCUGCGCUGGAGCGUCUGAAGAAGCGUGAGAGAGAAGCGGUUUCGCGAGACUUCUUCUGCGGCUCUGAGGCGGACAGUCACGCGGUAGGCGCCGCAGAAGGAAGCGGUCGGAGUCCAACUCACCUCGAGUCGCUCGUUCAACAGAGAGACGAACUUCAGGAGAUGUGCCAGGAGCUCGCACAGCGCCUGGAGGCGAUGACCCGCGGCAUGACGAGACAGCAGGAGGAGCGAGCAGCGAACGAGGAGAGGGUCGAACGGGAGACUCGGGAACUGCAUGCGCGGUGGAAGAGAGCCGCGAGCGACUGCGAGAGUCUCGCGCAACAGAAAGCCGAACUCGAGACGCAGCUCCAGGACUUGUCGGAGAACUGUGCAGCUGCAGAAGUCGCCUACCGCGACCUCGAGAAGAAGUGGAUGGAGGAGAGAGAGGCACACAAUCGCCUAGACGAUGAGGACAGAAGGUCUGGGCGGGAGGUUCGACUGUCCAGGAGAGAGAGGAGACUGGCGAGAAGAAGACGAGGCGGUGUCUCGGAUGAGGAGGCUCGACCGCGCGACGGUGCGUCUUCUCUCCAAUCGUCGCUUUCUUCUCUCUCGCCGUUUGAGGAAGAUGGCUCAGAGCUCGCGAGAAGACGACCGGCCGCGGAGGAGGCCGUCGAGCGAGAGACGAACCUGAAGAAAGAACUCGAAGCUGCGCAUCAGCAGAAAAACGAGGCGGAAGAAAUGUGCAAAGAACUCGGCACCCAACUCGCAGUGUUGACGACUCUGCUCGAAGCGGCCACAAAGGAAAAAGAGGAUCUCGUCGCUGCGGCCAACCGCGGGCACAAAGGACCUGUCAGCGAGCAGGAGUCGCCUUCUGAGGAGAAGAGCGAUCUGAGGAGAGACAACGGAGAUUCGGAGCUGGUGGAGAGCCGCGAGGCGUUGCUGGAGAAACUGCAUGCACGGGAAGAGGAACUGGGAGAAGCUCGACGCGCGCUGCUCCUCGAAAAAGAGACAAAGGCGCAGCUGGAGGAGCAGCUCGCGGUCGAGACGCGGAAGAGAGAGAUGCAGCACCAAGCGAGUGAGGAGGCGAAGGAACGCGAGGAACGGGAGAGAGAGGAGAAGGCGCGUCAAGCGGCGGACCUCGCUGCAGACCUCGCCAGGGCGAACAGCGAGCUGACUUCGAUGCGAGAGAAACUGGCAGCGAGCGAGGUUGCCCGCGCUGCACUGGAGAAGGCGGAAGUCGCUCGAGAGGAGACGACGAAACUUUCCUUGCAGCAACAGAGCGAGAAGGAGGAGAUGCGCCAGAUGGCAGCGGCCGAGGUGGCGGACCUUCGUAACACCUUGGCCUCCACGCAGGAGGAGUUGGCAACUUUGCGAGGGCGUCUGCAGGAAUGGGAGGCGACCGCGACAACGCCUGGACGCUUGGCGGAGGAGUUGCAGGAACUGCGACGCGUAGUCGACUUCCAAGAAGUGGAGAAGCAGCAGCUGCUCGAGUCGCUGCGGGAGUGGGAAGAGAAGGAGGAAGAACACCAAGCGGCGAUGAAGGAGUUCGAAGGCAGCUACGUCGCUCUGCAGAGAGAGGCCUUCGACGCGCGCGCUCAGCUGCAGCGCAUGAUUCGCGUCGUGGAAGAGCACAAGCGACGACGACUGCGCGCUCUCCAGGAGAAGAAGCGAGGAGCAGGAGGCGCGAGCCAACAGGAAGAGAAGAGCGCCGGCGAGGGCGCAUCCGAGGAGACAGGAAGCGACUUCGGUGAAGCAGGGGAGGCGAGCGCCGAGGCGACGCCACGAGGCCUCGAGGCAGCUGUGUCGGAGGUAGAACUGCAGGCGGCAGAGGACCAUGACAUUCUCGUCGGACGGGUCGAAGAGCUGGAAAGGAUGCAGACCGAACUGGAGGAGCAGCGGCGAAUGCUGACGAAGCAUCUGCAACAAACGACUGAGAAGCUGCAGGAGCAGUGCCAAACCACUUCGGAGCUGCAAACGCGGUGCGUGCAGCUCGCGGACGCGCUCGAGAAGGCCCGAGCCUACGGCGCGACGGAGAAGCAUGGAGAAACACCGGGCGCGUGUGAGAGUGGGGAAGAGACACUGCGACAACGCCUGGCGAGCGCCGAGGAAGAACUCGACAGGCUCCGCAGAGAGAAGGAAGAACUCGCGAGCCGCGAGGAGACUGCGCGGGGUCAGGAGCAGGCGUUUGAGGUGGAGCUCGCGAAGGCCCGACGGGAAGCCGAAGACAAAGCAGAAAUCCACAUUUCAGAGAUCCAGCAAUUCUACGAAGCGCUGCAGGCGAAAAUGGAACGCGCGCAUGCAGAGGCGGAAAACGCACUCACCACAGAGGUACAAGCUCUCAGGAGCGAAGUCCAGCGACUUAAGGCACUUGCCGCGGCUCAGACAGAGCCGACCCUAGACCAGAGACAGGACGAGUUCGAAAGGGAGAGAGAGAAGGAGUUGGAGAGAGAGAAGGAGUUGGAGAGAGUUGUCGCGGAACUUGAGAGAGAACGAGAAGAGAAGGCCAGACGCGAGGCCGCACACGAGAGAGAGGUUGCGAAGACUCGCCAGGAAGCUGAGGCGGCGGCUGAGAUGCGUGUAUCGGAAAUUCAAGAUUUCUUCCAGAAGCUUCAAGAUCACAUGACUCAGUCGCAUGCACAGGCGAAGAGCGAGCUGCUCGCGAGAGUCGCCGUCCUCGAGAAGGAAGUCGCCGACCUCCGCGAACAGACGCCGAAGGAGCAACGAGAAUCUGGCACCUUUCAACUCGAAGUCAAAGAAAUCGGACGCAAAGAAGACGAAAUGGAAGAUGCCGAGGUUGAACGCAUGGGUGCCAAACAGAGUGGAGACAAACAGACUGCAUACUACGAGUUUGAGCGCUCCGUUGGAGAGGCGGAACCUGCGUCUCGAGCCCACGAAGAGAGCCCAGAGGCAGAAGGCAGACUGGAGCGUUCGGCUGAAGCUUUUGAAGACGCCGCCGCUUCACCUCAAGAGUCUCCGUUCUACGCAUGCUCGCCCUGCUCGUCCUUCUCGUCUGUCAGGGAAUUCCCCGAGGAGCUUGCGGCCGAGGACGAGAACGGUCUCGCGGAGACGCUACGCCGCGAGGUCGAGCAGCUGCAUGCGCAGUGCCGGACGCUCCGCGAGCGCGUCGCGGCGCUCGAGAAGGCCGCAGAGGACAAGGGAAAUCUGCUGGCGAAGACAGAGGACGAAAAGCGAGACGUCGAGGAGCAGCUGCGCCAGACAGUUGCCCGUGUGAAAGACCAAGCCGACAGACUCGCGCGUAUGUCUCAGCAGUGCAGCAUGCGAGGCCAGGAACUCCAAGACUUGCAACGCAGAGAGGUCCAGCUCCGCCGCCAGGUUGAAGAACAGGAGGAAAAACAGAGAGAGCAGAAUGCCCGAAUGCUGCAGCAGAACGAAGAGCGGCACGAGGCUUUGCUGGCGAAGCACUCGGCGGAGCAGCGCCUGACGCUUCAACGAGAGCAGCUGGCUGGGGAGGAGCGGCGGAGGCAGGCGGCGGAGGCGCAUGCAGAGGAGCUCUUGGAGCGUUUGGAGACGGUCCAGAAGAAGUUAUUGGAGAGCGAGAACGAGAAGGCGCAAGUGUCUCUGUCGGAGGCGCGACUGCGCGAAGAACUUGACCGCGUGCAGAUGGCUCACGAGCGCGAGCGGGAGCGCGAGAGACAGGCGGAACGCGCGAGGGAGGAGAAGCAGCAGCGACGAGUUGAGGGCCUCCAGAGAGCGAAGCGGGAGACGGACGAUCGUCUCGCUGAGCUCCUAGGACGAGCAGAGGAACAGGAGGACCGGGUGAGGACUCUGGAGCGUCAGGAGGCGCUGCUGAGGCGCGAAGUGGCGGAGCAGAAGACGCAGUUGAGUCUCCGAGAAAAGGAGCUCGAGGAGCAGAAGGCAUCCCGCGAGGAUGCCAAGAAGGAGUUUGCAGCGGCGCUCGCGAGGCAAGAGACGCGACACGAGCAGUUCCUGCAUGCGCGCCUGGAAGAGGAGAGAGCGCGAGCGGAGGAAGACGUGAUGACGCUUCGGGGUCUCUUGAACGAGCAGCGAGACGCGCAGAAGCAAAUGGAGACGAAUUUCCGGAGACAACUCGAGAGACAAGUCCAGGCGGCGCGGCAGCUGGACGCCUCGCUGCAGGAGUGCGAGGACGAGGAAGAGAAGCGGGUGGAGAAAUUCAACGCAACGACGCGCGAACUGCAAGCCGUCGUCGAGAGGUACAACGCGACUCUGGAGGAGCUGACGGCGGUGUCCGAGGAACGCGACAACCUCCGUCUGAAGCUGGCGGAGCUGCAGAGCGAAGUAUCAGAGAUUCGGCGUGAGGCGCGAGACCUGCAAGCUGCACAUCUGGAGAAGGAGGAGCGCGACAGACGGCAAUGGGAGGCGGCCGAGAACCUGCAGAGCGAGCUUGAGAAGGAAGUUCGGCGGCUGACGGAGGAGCGAUCGCACGCGCUUGAGAGGGAGAGGCGAGAGCGCGAAGAACUCGAGCGCAUGCACCGCGAGGCCGAUGCCGCGCGCGCUGAGGAGGCCCGGGAGCGGCUCCGUGAGCGCGAGGAGUGGGAAGCGCGGUGUAGAGAAAAGGAGGAGAUGGCGGCGGAGAAAGCCAGUCUUCUGGAGAGUUGCGAAAAGCGACUUGGACAGCUUCAAGAGGAGACGCGGCGGCGAGAAGAGGCAGCCCAGAGGCGAGAAGAUGAGCGGGAGAAGGAGCGGGAGAAGCGGCUGCGUGACUACGAAGGCGAGGUCCACGAACUCCACCUGAAGCUCCACCAGAGACGAAUUCAAGAAGAGGAGAAGCUCCAUGAGAUCCGGGAGAAGCAGCGCGACCUCGAACACGAACUCUUUUCGACCCAGCAGAAGCUCCAGGUCGCGCAGAGACACCGGGAAGAAGCGGAGGCGGCCGCAGCUGCGGCUGAACGCGCUCGGACUCUCUGCGAGGGCCUGCUGGCGGAGGAGCGAGGCGCCGCGAAAAAGGCACGAGAAGAACAGAAUGCGCUGGCUGAGCAGGUGAAGCGACUCGACCGGGAAAACGAGGAGAAGAGCCGGAAACUGCAAGAUCAGCAGUUGAAGUUCUCUCAGCAUCUCGCAGUCGCUGCAGAGGAGAGCGAGGCGAAAGAGGCAGAGAAACAACGGGAGGCAGCUACUAUCAACGCGCUCCGCGACGAGGUGCAGAGCAUGCAGGAGCAGUUGAACAAGGAGAAGGGGGAAGUCUCGAGUCUUCGACGGGAGCUGGUGAACGCGAAGGCCGCGCAUGCAGAUGCAGUGGAGCGCCAGGGCGAGGCGGAGAAGACCCGAGACGAGAACCAGCAGCAAGUCUCGAGACUGAAAACAACCUUGGAGGAGGUCGAGCGCAGGCUCCAGAGCAUCAAGACGCAACUGACGGAAACCCAAGAGAAGCUGGAAGGUGAACGCGAGCGAGUGAGAGCUGCGGAGGAUCGUCAGAUCCAGUUGGAGCGCUACAUCAAAGAGUUGGAGGCGCAGGAGAGAGAUGCGCGAGAGGCGGGCGCGGCAGCGACGCGCGCGAAGGAGCAGGCGCUUCAAGAGGAACGCGACAGAAGCGAUGACGACCGCAUGCGCCUCCUCGCAGAGCUGCGCCGGUGCGAAGAAGAGAAACGAAGAGUCGAGGACGAGCUGCAGGCUCGGAAGGCGGAGCAGGAAGCCGAGCGCGAGAGGCUGGAGGUCGAGCUUCAGCGAAGAGAGGAAGAGAUCCUCGGACUCCAGGAAGAGUGCGACCGACGACGAGAAGAGACCAUUGGCGAGAUGGCGGCCAAUCGAGAAGAGCAGGAGGCUCUGCGAGGCGAGCUGAAGCACUUGAAGGACCGGGUGGACCACGGCGAGGCGAAAGCGGCGGCGCUCACUCAGCAUCUGGAAGCAGCGGAGAGCGAGAAGCGACAUGUCCAGCGAGAACUUGAGUCGCGGGGCGAGGAGCUGGAACAGCUGCGCAUCGCGAAGAGUCGCGUGGAGACAGAUUUCUCGCGUCUGAAGAUGGAGGUCGAGGCGGAGCGCGAGCGCAACCAAUCGCAGCGAACGUUCUGGGAGCAGGUGGUGGACGGGAGUCACAAGAGACAGCAAGAGCUCCAGGAGCUGCUCGAUCAGAGAGAGGCGAAGAGCGAGGCCGCAGAGACGGCCUGGCGCGCCAAGACCGAGAGCCUCCAGGCGACUGUCGCGACGUUGGAGGAGAAGCUGAAGGAGAAAGAGCGGCAUCUGUCGAGUCUCGAGAAAGAACUCGCAGACACGCGCGAGUCGCUCGGCCGCAGCUGCAGCGCUGUGACGGCGGAAUUGCAUGCGAAGGAGAGAAGCUAUGAAGCUCAGGUCGCACAACUUCAAGAGGAGAGCAGAAGCAUCAAACGCGCGCUCGAGUCUGCGCUCGCCGACUGUCGCAGGCAAGCGGAAGCACACGAGCAGAUGCUUCGGGAGACGCUGGGCGAGACGCAGAACCAAGCGCAGAGUCUCCAGAGACAGCUGGAGCUCUCCCGCGCCGAGCUGACGGGAAGAGAGCGCGCAUGGCAGUCGGCAGAACAGCAGAGCCGCGAGGAGACAACUGUCCUCCGAAACCGAUGUGGAGCCCUGGAGGCGGAGCUGCGGGUCCAGGAGACUCGCGCGCAAGGCCUCGAACAAGAGAACCGUCAACUGCAUGCGCGGGAGGAGGCGACGCGGCAGGAACUCGAAGGCGUCCUGCAGAGAGAAGCGGAGAUGCAGCGACGCUUCCAACAGACCUGGACUGAGGCGCACAUGUCGACGGAGGAGCUGCUCGUCCAGCUCCAGCGCGAAGAACAGAAGAACCGCCUCGAGCUGCGUAUGGCGGAACAGCGCAUGCAGGAGCUGCAGCAGAUCCGAGAGAGAGAAGUGACGGAAUGGGCGCGCGAGCGCUCGCGCCUGCAGGCGGACUGCGAGAAGCGCCAGCGUGACGCUGCAGACGCGUCCAAGCAACUCGCGGAGGCGCAGCUCGCCGCAGCGCUAGCGAAAGAAGAACUGUGUCGUGUGCAGGACGAACUGACAGUGCUGAGAGUCAAAGACGAAGCUCUUCAGCGCCAGUUCCUCAGUCUCGCAGCGAGCAGCAGUGGCGUCUUGGGAUCCACCGGGGUGUCUCUUUCAGGAGGUCGGGAGAAAGGGCGCAACAACCUGAGCCACGACGAGGCGCAUGCAGCAGAGAGAGCAGAGACGUCUCUCGCGUCGGUGCGGACGCUGACCGAGCAGAGAUGUCAAGCGCUUGAAGCGGCUCUUAAGACUGCGUCUGAGUCCCGAGACCGAAACGCGCAACACUGCGCGAGUCUGCGCCGGGAGCUCGCGGAGUUGACGCGUGACGUCCAGCGAGAGAAGGAAGAAGGCGAGAUGAAGACAAGUGAACUGGAGAAGGCGCACCGCCGCAUCGAGAAGCUCCUCGCUGUGCAGGAGGAGACCCGCGCCCAGGCCGCGGAACUUCACAGACGUUGCCGGGAGUACCAAGUGAAGGUCGAGGAAAUGCUCAGGGAGAGAGAGCGCGAGGAGAGGAGACGCGACGAUCCUGGCGACGAAGAGCGGAGGUCGCGCAGCGUCGCUCGCGCCUCCGCUGAGGGAAGAAACGACGCUACCGAGGAAGCUGGAAACCGCGGAGAACGCAGCUCACGAGUUCCGCAGACGAGGUUUCAGAAUGAAGGUUUCGCGGCGUCAGAGCGUGCAGCGCAUGCAGAAGAGACAGACUCGCUGCAGGGCUCCCGAGCUUCGCUUCUUGCUCGCCAGUCUCUCGCUUUCCAGAAACAAACUGAAAUGCUCCAGGCUGUGAUUGAAGAGCUGGGCCGAAAGCUCCAGAAUCAGCAAGAGCAGCAGCUACUUCUCCUUACACACGGCCACCGAUCUGCGGAAGCUGCGCGAGAAGAGCGCGAGCGAGAAGAGCGGGAGCGGGAGCGCCGGGUCCGGCUUUUGGAGCAGCGGUGCCAAGAUGGAGAGAUCGAGAGGGAGGCGUUGAAGGCGGAGCUGCAGCGCGCAGAGCUCGGAAGUUCGGAGGCGCAGAAGCAGAAGGAGGACGUCGAGAGGGAAGUUCGACGCCUGCAGAUCCUGUCUGAGAAUCUUCAGCGGCGCCUCAGUAAGGUGGAGGCCGAGCGCGACAGCCAGGAGUCCGCGGAGAGGCGAAGUGAGCGAGAGCAGACGCAGCGAGAACAGGAGUUGCUCGAAGCGCUUCAGGAACGGGACAUCCAGCAGCGCGUGCAGGAGAGUUACUUGGAGAGGAUUCGAGGCGCUGUCGAGGAGCUGAAGGCCGCGUUGAAGCAGACCCGGAGAGAGAAGGACGCGAGCGAGCAUCGCGUCCUUCUCCUGAGACGGCAAAUCGAGGAGACGACUGCGCUGCAGCGCGAGCGCGACGGCGCUUUUGCGCUGCUUCAGCGAGAGGUGGAUGAGGCGCGCGAGGGUCGCGAGAAGCUCGAAGCCGAGGUCGAGAGCGAGAAGGCCAAGAGGCAGAAGGUGGAGCUGCAGAAAGAUGACCUCGAAAAGACAUUUGAGUUGGAUCGCGCAGCUCUCGACGAGGAGUGUCGUGCGCUCCAGAGCUCCCUGGAAACUCUUCGCGGCCGCCUUCAAGUCCAGGAAGAGACGAAGCGCCUCGUCGAGGCUGAGGCCCAGCGUUGGGCUUCGCAGUGCCGAGAGACGCAAGCGGCGCUCGGCGAGGAGAGGGAAAAGGGAGAGCUCCAGGAGAAGGAACGAGGCGAGGAGCGUCGGAAGCUCCUGGGACAACUGGAGGACGAGCGCGAGGCGCGCGCGCGGCUCGAGCAACGCUGCGCCGAUCUCGAGAAAGAGCGACAGCGAGAACAGGAGGAGCGCGCGAGGGAGACGGAGAGACAGCAGGAAGAAAUCGAACGCUUCAAGGCGAGACUCGCUGAGAGCCGGACAGCUUGGGAAGACCGCUGUCGAGACCUGAACGACGACCUCAUCCAGGUCCGCAGGCAGUGGCGAGAGACGCAGGCCGACCUCGAGAAAGCGCUUCGCGGGCAAGAAGAAGAAACUCGGCAGAGAGAAGAAGCUGAGCGAGAGAGAGACGCCGAAACGCGUCGCGCUGCAGAGGCGAUCGCGGCGGUUGCGCGUCUCCAGGCCGAGAGACGCACAGAGCAGGCGACUGACGCUGCAGAGAGGCAACAGAAAGCGACUCUGUCGGGCAAGCAAGGCGAGGAGAGGGAAGCUCGACAAGAAGAGCAGGCGUUGAAACGCCAUGAACUGGCUGUGUCGGGGACUCGCGAAGGCGAAGAACUCGAGCGUUUGAAGAAAACGCUGCAGGCCGUGAUAGACAAUCGGGACCGGCUCCAGAGCGAGUGGCUGCAUCUCCGGCAGGAGAGCGAGGCGUCGCGAAGCGACCUCACCGCCGCGCGAAACAGAUGUCUCCAAUUAGAGGAGCAAGUUCGCAGUGUGACUCAGGAGCUGCGCGACUGUCAGCGAGCUCUCAGAGCGGCAGACAGCGAGAAGACGACCCAGACCGAGAAGCUCGACAGGCUUCACAUGAGUCUCGAGAGAGAGCGACGCGCGCGAGAGGAGACCCUCGACCGUCUCGUAGGCCUCGAGCGCGAAGUCAGCCGCAUGCAAAGGGAAAAGGAGGAAAGCAUGCACCGGCUCCAUACUGCAGAGCGAGAGCGCGAGAGCCUCGCCCUGUCGCUCACGGCGCUUCGGGAGCGCGAGCGUCAGUCCCGCCGCGCCUCUGGAGACGAAGCGGAGAUGGAGCGAGGGUGGCAAGCAGAGAAGGCCGAGAGUCUUGUGUACCUGGAGACCCUGGAGAAGCAAUUGAAGGCGACAGAGGCCUCUCUCGCGCGCAUCCGUGAAGACCGGGACCGCAUGCAGCGCGCCCUCGUUGACGCUGAGGAGAGGCUGGCGGAAGAGCUCGAGAGAACCAGACGCCGAGAGCGAGGAGAAGAUCCCCGCGUCUCGGACUCCUCGCCUUCAGAAGCGGUGACAACUCUCGCGGCCGAGGUGGAUCACACACAGAGGAUGCUGGAACAAGCGAGAGAGAGAACUGCGGCCCUCGAGAAAGAACUCGCUGCAUCGUACAGACAGCGAGAGACGGACAGCGAGCGCGUCGCUCUCCUUCGCGCUCAGCUCGAAGCUCAGCGGAGAUCCGUGGAAGACGCAGACGCGGCGAAGGAGAAGCUCUCCAGUCGACUGGAAGAGUGCAUGCGACAAGAAGCCUUCGCGACAGCUGCACUGGAAGCUGAGAGAAAGCUCAACAGCCGGCUGAAGGAACAGUGCCUCCAGAUGGAGACGGAACUCGCGGAGACAGGCCGCAGGAGACUGCGAGCAGAAGCGGACGCGACGCAGGGCGAGGCGCGUCUCAGAGACGUCGAGAGUCUCCUGCACACGGCCCGGGAGCAGCUGCAGGCGAGGACCGAGCAGGAGGACAGACUCCGCGAGGAACUGGAGCGCCAAGAAGAAGAAAUGGCGGCACUGAAGGCGACUCGCGAUGAACAGCAGCUUGUCGUCGAGCGUCUCGAGCGCCAGUUGCAGACGGAGCAACAGUUGCGGGAGAGGGAGCAACAGUUGCAGGAGAGAGAGAAGAAAUUGAGGGAGCGAGAGAGCGCGGAAGUGAGCGAAACGGACAGGCUCGUCAGGGAGAUCCAGCAUGAGGCGGAGAGAGAGAAACGAGAACUCAUGAAGGCACUGGAGGAGCGGGACGAUCGCUUGCGGCAUUUGGAGGCUGAGGUGCAGGCGACGCGCAGAGACCUCGCGGAGACCAGAGAGCGAGGGAAGCAAGAGAGGAGCGUCGAAGAGGAGAAGCUGCGAAAGCGUCUGUCGUACUUGAAGGAGGUCCAAGAGAGAACUGCGCAAGAGAACGAUGAGAAGUCGCGGCGGCUUCGACAGUUUGAACAGGCCGACGCGACUCUCCGAUCCGAGUUACAAGAGCGAGAAGAACGCCUUGUCGCGUUGGAGAGAGCGCGGGCGGCUCUGGAGGCGAAGCUGGCGGAGACAGAAGAAGUUGUCGUGAGUCUCAGAAGGGAAGUCGCAUCUUCCAGGAAAAAGCUCGAGAACGAACGCGAGAGAUCUGGCGUCCUGCGGUACGAAGAGGAGGCCCUGAGGACGCAGAUCAAGGAGACAGAGAAGGUCCAGAGAGAGAACGAAGCACUGAAAGAGUCGCUCCAGACUCAGCGCGCGCAGCUGCAUGCGCUCGAGAAGCGGACCCGCCAGCGAGACCAAGAAAACCAAAGUCUCGAGACGAAGGUCGCCAGCUUGCAGAAGGAAGUCCGGCGUUUGAACGAGGCGUACGCCGCGCAAGUGGAGAAGCUGAAGAAAGACGCAGAGCGCCUGUACAGCGAGUUGGAACAGAGCGAGACGCAGAGAGUUUCAGCUCAGGACGCCUCUGUAGAACUCGAGGCGCAGCUCGCUGCAGGAGCGACCAGGUGGCGCGCGUCUGAGGCACGGUUGGAGAAGGCGGAACGCGCUCUAGAAGAUUUUCGACGCCGACAACAACAGGGCAGGAGUCACUUGACGCGGACCCAAGCCAUUCUCGAGGGCCUCCUAACUGUUCCUCUCCUUCCCCCCACCUCCCCGUCUUCUUCAUCUUCUUCCGCGCUGGCGAAUGAGGACAAAAAGCCUCGGGAGGUUGUGUCGCCGAGUGCGUCGCGAGAAGAAGCCUUGCUGACGCUGGCCGAGAAGUUGCGGGAGGAGCGACGCGACGCUGUUGCGUCUAUCCGCGAGCGAGAGGGAGCACGGAGGCGCAGCCUCGCCUCUCUGGGGCAAGAGCUCGAGGAAGAGCGCUGGCAAGUGAAGCAGCUUCAAGAGCUCUUGAAGGAAGUCGACUCGGCGCGCAAGGAGGCUCUCGAACAGGAGACGCUGCAGACGCGCGAAAUCGACAAACUGCGGAGUGCGUUGGCAAAGGCCGCCGUUGCCUCAGAAGAGCGCGAGCGGACGCUACUUCGCCUCGAAGAGAAGCUUGCGGAAGAGCGCAGAGGGCGCCAAGCACUCGCCGAGGAGCUUCAGAGACAGCGAAGCAGCAGCUCAGCAGUGAGCCGCGACGGCGGCCGAGAAGAGACUUCCGAAAACUGCUUCGAGAAGACUUCGGCAAGCGACCGAGAAGCGGCCCGGCUUCGCGCUGACGAGGGACUGGCGCGCGACCAGACGCUGAGGGAGAAGGAGGCAGACUGCGCAGAGCUUCAGCAGCACCUUGAACGUCUCCGCGGUAAGGUGGCGGAGCUCCGUGAGGGGAAAAGGGCGCUGGAGAGGCAGGUCGGACGCCUCGACUCGAAACUGCAUGCAGCGCAAGAAGAAAAGACGCAGCUGACUGAGGCGCUGGAGGCCGCGGCAAAAGAGAAACGCGACCUCGAGAGAAAAGCAGCAGGGAGCGCGACACACGCCAGGGACCUGCAGACAGAGUGCCUCGCGCUGCAGAGACAGCUGGAGGAAGUUGCAGAGCGCCAAGCCCUCGCACGAAGUCAGUCGCAAGGCGCUGACGAGGAGAGACAGCGUCUGGAGGAAACAGUUGCGGAGACUGUGGGGCGCGCGAAGCGAGCGGAGGAAGCCGUGGAAGAGCUCACGGGAGAGAUUCAAGGUCUGAGGCGCGAGCGACAGCGACUUCAGGAGGCUCUCGGUCGCAAGGAACGGACAGAGAAGAAGCUGGAGAACGCCGUCCAGGCUCUUGAAGAGCGUUUGAGUCGCAUGCACCGCCAAAGCGCGUCCGAGGGGUACGAAGGAGGCGAAGGAGGAAGAGGUGAAGGCAGCGAACCAGCAGCACUGCCAACACUCGAGGCGAGGCUCCAAAGGGCGACAGAGGAGAGCGAGCGCCAGGCGAGGGCACAGCGGGCACUGGAGGAAGAGCUCUUCGAGAGCAAGAAAUUGCAUGCGGAGGAGAGAGAACGACUGGUGCAAGAAAACCUGGAAUUGAAUGAAAGAGUCGCGUACCUGCAGAGUCGAUGUCGACACCUCGAGGCGGACCUCGACGCUCUCCGUCGGACGGCAGAGAAUGUGCAAGCGAGGCUCGCUGACCGCGCAGAGGCCGAGACUGUGGGCGAGACUAAGCCGGAGGAGCGUGUAGACCUCCGGAAGGAGCUGGAGGCCGCGAAUCGCGCCCGCGAGAGACUCGAGCGAGAAGAGAGGCGUUUGCAGGCGCAUCUCGAGGAUAGCCAGAAGGCCCUCGCUGUCCAGAAGAGGCGGCAAGAGGACCAAGAGGAGAUGGUGGCGGGACUGAAGAGCCGAGUCGAGGAAGUCCAGAAGACGCUGCGGAAACGAGAAGAAGAGCUGGCGGUCGCUCUCGCUCGCUUGACAGGGAAGGAGAGCGAACUGGAGUGCGCAGCGAACGAAGUGAAGGAUCUCCAGAAAGCUGCCGAGAGCGUCCAAAGCCGCCUCAGCAGCCUCGAGGAGACGAAGCGACAACUCGAGGAGAAGAACAAUCUGCUCCAGGCACAAGUCGAUCGCCAGCAUCGGGUGCUUUCGGGUCUCAGAGGAAACGUCGAGGCUUCUGUUGAGCACAACGGAGAGACCGGAGAAGGAGAGCAUGCGUCGACGGCGCGACAGGAGCGCCGAGCGAGAGAGGAACUGGAAAACGACCUGAGGCGCUUGGACGAGGUCUGCGAGCAGCUGCAGAGAGAGAAGAGCCAGCAGGAGAGUGUAGCCAAGGCCAAGACUCGCGAACUCGACGCGCUUCAGCGAUCCUUCAAGCUGGAAGUAUGUGCUCUCCAGGAAGACGCCGCCAAGCUCCAGGCGAUGCGCGCGGGGCUCGAGAGCCAGUGCGAGGAGGCCCAACAGACCGUGAGGGAGAUGGAAGAACGCGUUCGUGAACUGACUCGAGAAAAUCAUCUUCUGCAGCGUGCUCUCGAGCGAGCUGAAGAAGAGUGCAGCCAGUGGAAGGCGCGCAUGCGGGCGAGUCGUAGCGAUGUCUCUGAAACGCGAGAGACAAGCGACGAGGGGCAGGAAGGCCCAGACCUCGCGAGGAGACAGUGCACGAGGGCGAGACGCGACGGCGAGGCUGCAGACGCGCCAGGCGAGGUGCAGAGGGAAGAAGACACAGGGAGGACACAAGCGCUUCGUCAGUGGAUCGACAGGCUGGAGGAGAAGCUCCAGAAAGCAGAGCGCGAGGAGCAGGGACUGAAGCGCGAGCUGAAUGGGGCGACUCGCAGGGCCGAGGAGCUUCAGCGCGCGCUGGAGCAGGGUGUGGAGAAGUUCGAUGAGUUGGUCGCGAGGAACGAAGAGCUCAAACGCAAGUGGGCUGAAGAUCGCUGCAGCUGGGCGGCUCAGCGAAAGAGAGAAGUCGAGGAACACAACAAGGAGGCGACUCAGUUGAGGGAGGAGUGCAUGGCUCUGGAAAAAGAAAAUCGCGUUUUUCAACAGGAGCUGGAUCGCCAAGCGGGAGACCUGAAAACGCUCCACGAAAAGGCGCUUCGACUUGCAGACAGGAAUGCGCAUCUCCAGGCGGAGCUGGCGAAGCAGCAGGACGCCGCGAGUGCAGUGGCGCCGCUCGAGAAGGAAAUCAGCGCCUUGCAAGAAGAAAUGGAGAUGCGGGAGGCAGCGGCGCGCGACACUGAAGCAGACCUCGAGGCGUAUCGCCUGAAGAAUCGCGAACUGGAGGCAGAAGUCGCGUCUCUCUGGAGGCAAAUCGCUGAGGAGCGGGGCGAAAGAGAGCUCGUCGAGUCCGACAACGUCAUGCUCGCGUCGCAUCAAAAUCGAGACCAGAAACUGAGGUACACAGAAGUCUUGAAGAAACAGCUCGACUCGGAGCGGUCGGCGCGCCUGCGUCUCCAACGCGAUGCGAAUCGUCUCCGCGUGGAAACGUUUUCGCUUCGUCCUCUCCUGAGGCUGCUGGCAGGCGAGACAGUGGGAGACAUUCUCGUGAAGGACUUCGGCAGAGGAGGGGGGAGCGAAAAGAAAGACUCCCUACAGGCCUCCCGUGGCGUCGCCGGCACCUCCCUUGCGGCUUCGAUACUGGACGCGAGUCAGAACUCCGCAGCGGCUGUUCUCUCUGCUUCUCGGCGAAUUCUGCGGUGCAGUCGACCAGGUCUGCGCCACUCUCGUUCUGUCUCCAUCGGCCGUCGCGGAGGGGCUGUGCUCCCAGCUCGCUCCCUGAGUCUCAGCGCGCGCUCAGAAAAGCCGACCGUCGCCUUGGCUGUUCGCGACCGAGUCGGCGACGCCUUUCCGGUGUACAGACAGCUCCGCGUUCUGCACCGAAGUCUGAGUUUUGUCAUGAACGAGUUUAUUUCUUUCCUCGCUCUUCUCCAGGACGUGCUCAAAGACGAGGAUCUCCUCGACCGCCUCCUCGGGGUCCUGCCUGCCGCGUCGACCUUCGUGGUCUCUGCGCUGCCGCCCUCACAAGGCCGUCAAGAUCUCCCGCCGCAGCUGAGUCACGCAGAUGCAGAGGAUCUCCCAGGUCUUUCUCUGUCGCAGCUGGACGAGGGCCGUCCAACUGAAACGCUCGAGGCUCGCCGCCAUCAGUUCUUCUCCCUAGUCUCAGCUUUGAAGCAGCAACUCCGGGUGAAGCUUGUAGCGCAUCCCGCGGCCUCGGUGCCCUCCGUUUCGGUGUCCCCUUCCGCGCAUGGUUUGGCUGCGUCGUCUUCUCCGUACUCGCCGAUUCCUGGAGGCAAGAGGGGCGACGGAUCUCAGGGAGAAGCGUCCCGGAGACAGAGACAGCUGUCUCUUCUCGCGGAGCCCAGGGGUCUUGCAGGAGACUCUACACAUCGCGGUGAAUUGCCGCUGGCAACGCUCGAAGAAGAUGUCCAAGGCGAGGCUUCCGGCGCGCCUUCGGGAUCUCUGUCUCUGGAUCCCUUGGCUGGAUCUUCGUUGGUGGUCUCGGCUCGCGAGCAGAGAGACGAAAACGUCUCGACUCUCUCGCGUUUCUCGAGGUCGAGGCGCCCAGAAGAGCAGGGCGAGAGCAGACGGGGAGACGCUGGGGUGAGUCGAGCGGGACUGAGGUCCGCGGUUUCGCGAUACGAGGAAACAAGUCGCGAGUGGAACCCACGUUCUUCGUUUUCCCUCUCUCCAUCUGCGUCUCCUGGAAACUCGAAUCGCCGCCUCGACGGAUCGCUUUCAGAAGAAGAGCAGAGAACGGAGGAACGCAGCUCAGGACCGGGCAGACCAGCCUUCCUGCAGCCCAAGGGAUCGGGUGCGGGGACUGCAGGGUCGGGAGUCGAGGAGAGGAAGGGAGAAGAGAGAAGAAGUUUGGAAGAAUCGAGGAACACAAUUGCCUCCUCGUUGUUCUCCUCCUUUGCCUCGGUCUCUUCCUUCUUCGAAUCAAGGACCGGAGACAACUGAGCCUGACGACGAGGAGAGUGAGGACCGAAAAGUGAGUCGCGCUUGUCGAGGUUCGUGGUCCGAUCUGCUCAACAUCGACUCAAAGCGAAAAGAUGACACAGUCCAGCAACGAGGAUGUCCUCAAGCUGACACCUGAUUCGAGAGAGAGACAACCCAGUUCUUCUCAGUGGUUGCUGAAACCUUCAACCUCUCCACUGGACUGCUGCAAACAGCUGCGUUCUGAACGCAUUGGGGACAUGGGGUCAAACGGACAUGACUCACGCACGAUUUCUCCAAGACCCUCUUGCCGGGAACCAGAAAGAUUUGUCCGCUGUGUGGCCGUGAGUCCUAGAGAGACGUAAAACCAUCCCGGUGUCUGAAAGCUCGUCUCGGACGAAUCACUCAUCUUGGAAUUUGCGUUUCUCUAGAUUCUAUGGCA